AUGUUGAUCGCCGGCAAAUGGAUCGGCAAUCUCCACGUGCCAUGCCAGAUGUGCGCUAAAGUGUUGGCCUGUCGCGAUGUGUCCAUCCUCGUCCGCCACGCAAAGACCCAUCACCCGAAAAAACAGUUCUCGUGUCGGGAGUGUGACUACACGAACUCGGAACGACGAAAUAUGCGCCAACACAUCUUUUCCGUGCAUGGGCUUGGCGGGGAUCAGUUUUCGGAUGAUAGAACUUCCGAGCUCGAAGAUGCUUGGGCGCGCGUGGGAGGCGUUUGCUUCCCGGAGAUGAGCGAACGAAUCUCAGAAGCUGUCCUGGCCUACCGCCCGAAGUUGUACAAGGGAAAGCCUAUUGCAGAAAACGUUGAGGAUGACGAUGACUUUGACGACUGCGACAUUGACGCCCUAUCUAACUCCCCC